GAGGACAGGCGCAGGACGUCGUAUGCAGCGUACACGCUGUCGAACAUUCACAGCAUUGCUUCAAUACACCCUCCUAUGAUCCAGAAUGGCGAAGUCGACCUGUCUCUUCAAAGUGAUGCGGAGCGGUGGAAAGCGUCAACCGCAAGCCAAUGGCGCCUAAGAGGUCAUUCGGGUCAUCGAGGGUUCCAGGAGAUUCUGCGAAAUCUGCUAGGCGGCAAAGCACCAUUGACGGAUGUGCCCCUGUCCUCUCUUGCCCUCUAUAUUUCUCAUCCAUGCCAUUCUCCAGGAAAUCCUCCUAAUACGCCAACAAUGGCCAGGGCUAAUGCUGCCACAAACCAUCAAGUCUUUCGAGAAUGCUCUUUGUGCCUGGCAGCGGUCUUGGGAAAUGACUACAGAUUCCACCCUUGAUCCCAUGUCAUUCAAGGGACCACUCGGGCUCACCGCCACUGCGCUGCUGCGACUUGCCUAUAUCCGCCUCGAUGCCAACUACAGCCUUGCGCAAGGACUAUUCUCACACGAUUAG